AUGUCGCGAAAUCUCCAGAACCUUGCUCUUUUGCUGCUAUCUUCAACGGUGGUUGUCAGAGGCAAUCCCAAACUAGAUGACGGAGGGUUCGUUCCAAGUUCCAUGAUCUACAUGGAGAAGAGUCGACAGUCCCACGACCAGAUAGCCAUGCCUUCCCAAGUGGAUCCACAAAGCGAGAUACCGACAAAACGCGAUGAUACGGAUGCCAACGACAUUGCGGACCGCUCUCAAGAACCUAGAUUUGGUUUCACGAAUAUCGGCAGCACAGGCAGUGGGUACGGAGCAACGACUUACGCGCCUGCGAAAAUAGACCUGGGAGGCUUGCUGCUAGGUGCUAUCAUUGGAGUAGGUUCCAUCCUGAUCAUACCUAAGCUGCUGUAUGUCCUCUCUGGCACUUAUGGUCACUAUGCAAGAAGUGAAGAGAACGGCGUGGCUCACAUAGUAACCAAAAUGGACGACGUCCUGGCUCGCCACGGUAUAGACUCCACAUCCUGCAUGCAACGUGCGGUGUGCACCUACUCGCAACACGCAGCAUCGUCCACAAGAGAUGCCAACCAGCUAAACGAGGAGGAAGAGGUCUCGUCGUUCGACAAGAUGUUCGACGCGAUAACGACUAAUCAGUUCUUCCGCACAGCCAUGGAAGGGACCGCGAUACAGGAGGCAGUGGAAGUUGGAAGGAAUGGUCGGAACUGUUCAAAGACUUAUCCGCACUGCGGCUUCUCCAUGGAGACUAUGCUGUCCCUUGCGUCGAACGUCAUCACUGCAGUUGCUGCGAUCAACACGGGUCCAUCGACAACUCCCACGGUAUCAGGAUCAUUGUAACUGAGAAUGUAAAUGAAAUGAAACGAAAUGAAAUGAAAAUGGAGAUUAGGAAGGCCAGAUUGUUAAGGCCAGAUUGUUAAGGCCUGAUUCGAAGAAGCCAACUGAAGCCUCAGUUAGCAUUAGCCUCGUCAUAUUUAAAGUUUCCUCUACAUUGU